AUGCCUAAAGUUGACAGGCGCUCGAAGCUGGCUGAGCUUAGGGCUCUGCGACAGUCCGGGAAGAAGGGCAACUACGAAGUGGAGGACGUUGCCGAAUUGUAUGAGGAAGUCGACGAGAAUCAAUACAAGAAGAUUAUUCGAGACCGGUUAGAUCAAGACGAUUUUGUUGUGGACGAUAAUGGCGAAGGAUAUGCCGACGACGGUCGAGAGGAGUGGGAUCGUGCCCCGCAGUACUACUCCGACAGCGACGACGAAUUGGUUGGACAAGGGAGAGGAAGACCGAACAAAGCAUCAAAGAAGCAGCGUGAAGAGGAGGCGGCCAAGCGAGACGCCAAUGACAGAGACAUUAGCGAGUACUUCACCAAGGGGGCUGCCAAGGCACAGGCAAAACCUAAGGUCGUGAAAACGAAGGAAGACGAUGACUUUCUCGCCGAUUUGCUCGGUGAGGUUGAUGCCAAUGUCCCUGCCCCCGUUUCUCGAUCUGGUGGCAAACGCAACAGAUCUCCGGAAAGGCGAAGAGCUCGUGUGCUCUCCCCCGCACCUGAUAUACGACGGCCAUUGACGAAGAGGACCAAGACGGUGGAUGAUAGAUGCCCAUCCCCUACCAUCGAUGACUCGGCCCCCGAAGAUGGUUAUAUGCCCCCAAUGGGAGACGACAGGGAAGACACCCCCACGCUGGACAAUGCAGAUAUUCUCAUGUCUGACCCAGCGCCGUCCUCGCCUGCUGCGAAGGUAGCGCAACGCAAGGCUCAAAUCAAAGCAGAGCCAAAGGACGACGAGGACGAUGAUAUGAUGGAAGUUGCACAUGCAGGUACCAUUACCACUGCCAGUGUGAACAUCACGGGAUCAAGGCCACCCAAAAAACUGGUUAAGCCUGAUCCUUACCCGUCGCCUCUCGACUCAUCUCCUGCAAAGGCGUCUGAGCCAGCUGUGGACUCCUCCGCUUGGAACUCCAUCACGGAUCAGUUGAACGUCGUCAGUAGUUCCCCUGCUGAGACCAGAACUGUUGGAAAGAUAGACUAUAAAGACGCUAUCGAGCCGGACGGCAGCCUCAACAUGUUCUGGACAGAUUACACCGAGGUCAAUGGCAGUCUCUGUCUUUUCGGCAAGGUUUUGAACAAAAAGACGGGAUUGUAUGUCAGCUGUUUCGUCAAGGUAGACAACAUCCUGCGCAAGCUAUACUUCCUCCCACGUCAAACAAGGGUGCAAGACGGCGAGGACUCCGGUGAGGAGGUCGAAAUGAUGCACGUCUACUCUGAGAUUGAUGCCAUUAUGACCAAAAUGAACGUGGGCAUGUUCAAGAUCAAAGCAUGCACACGAAAGUACGCAUUCGAAUUGCCGGGAAUUCCUAGGGAGGCAAAAUACUUAAAAUGUCUUUACCCCUACACAAAGCCUGUGAUCGAUGGAUCAACCAAGGGCGAGACAUUUUCGCACGUUUUUGGAACAAACACCGCUCUGUUUGAGCAGUUCGUCCUGUGGAAGAACAUUAUGGGACCUUGUUGGUUGAAGAUUAAGGACGCUGAUUUCGGUGCCCUUAAGAACGCUUCCCACUGCAAGCUUGAAAUUCUAGUCGAACAUCCCAACAUGGUGUCUCCCCUCAGCGACUCCGAUAACCUUGACACACCUCCUCUGACAUUGAUGAGUCUUUCUCUGCGUACUGCCUUCAACGCCAAGGCCAACAAGCAAGAGAUUCUCGCUAUUAGCGCCAGAAUAUAUGAAAAGCUCUCCUUGAAUGACACUACCCCGGCCGAGAAGCUUCCCUGCCGCACUUUCACCCUUGUCCGGCCUUAUGGGACAGCAUUCCCUCUAGGAUUUGAAACGAUGGCAAAGGAUAGGAAGAGAGGUCUCAUCAAGACAUUCCGUCAAGAGUCCGAGAUCCUGAUGUUCUUUCUUGCUCAGCUCGACGUUGUUGAUCCGGACGUUAUUCUCGGGCACCAGUUAGAGGGCGUUGACUACAGUGUUCUGCUCAAUCGCCUGCACGAGAAAAAGACUCAUCAGUGGUCUCGUCUCGGCCGACUCAAGCGGUCACAAUGGCCAGCUUCCAUGAACAAAGUUGGCGGCAACGUGUUCGCCGAGAGACAAAUUAUGUCUGGCCGCCUGCUUUGCGACCUCGCCAACGAUGCUGGAAAGUCUGCCAUGUACAAAUGCCAGUCUUGGAGUUUGACGGAAAUGUGCAGCCUUUACCUGCCUGGCAACAACCGCCGCCAGGACAUUGACAAUGAGGCAGCACUCAAGACCUGGGCUACUCAAAACAAAGAGGGCAUGAUGAACUACGUUUCCCAUAUGGAAGCUGACACCCACUUCAUCACUGCUCUUGCCUUGCAGGUUCAGCUUCUGCCUUUGACCAAGGUCCUCACCAAUCUGGCUGGUAAUUCCUGGGCGAGAACCCUUACGGGUACACGUGCAGAGCGAAACGAAUACAUUUUGCUGCACGAAUUCCACCGCAACAAGUACAUCUGUCCUGAUAAGCAAACUUUCAGGGGCAGAAUGGCUCAAGAAGAGAACCAAGAAGAGGAGGGCGAGGGCAAGAAGAAGGACAAGUACAAGGGAGGUCUUGUCUUUGAGCCGGAAAAGGGUUUGUAUGACAAGUUCGUUCUUGUUAUGGACUUCAACUCUUUAUAUCCAUCUAUCAUUCAAGAAUUCAACAUCUGCUUCACAACGGUGGACAGGUCAGCAAUUGAGGAGGAUGAAGAUGCCGUGCCUGAAGUCCCCAAGGAUCAGGGUCAAGGUAUCCUGCCCAGGCUCAUUGCCACUCUUGUCAGCCGGAGAAGACAAGUCAAGGCUCUGAUGAAGGACAAGAGCGCGACCACUGAGCAGCUUGCCACCUGGGACAUUAAGCAGCUUGCAUUAAAGCUCACGGCCAACUCCAUGUACGGUUGUUUGGGCUACACCAAGUCUCGCUUCUACGCCCGGCCCUUAGCUGUCUUGACCACCUACAAGGGUCGCGAGAUUCUACGCAGCACAAAGGAGCUUGCCGAGAGUAAAGCACUCCAAGUCAUUUAUGGUGACACUGAUUCCGUCAUGAUAAACGCCAAUGUUGAUAACGUGGCGGACGCCUUCAAAGUCGGCCAGGAAUUUAAAAAGGCCGUCAACGAGCGAUACAGGCUCCUUGAGAUUGACAUUGACAAUGUGUUCCGGCGGAUCCUUCUACAAGCCAAGAAGAAGUACGCUGCCAUCAAUUUGGUUGAGAAAGAUGGCAAGUUUAUUGAGAAGAUGGAAGUCAAGGGUCUUGACAUGAAGCGUCGUGAGUACUGCGGAUUGUCCAAGGAAAUUUCCAGCAAGAUCCUCAACGAAAUUCUCUCUGGCGACGAAACCGAGGUGUCAAUCUCGCGCAUCCACGAAUAUCUCAGAGAGAUCUCGGGCAAGAUGCGAGAACAAGCCAUUCCGGUACAGAAGUACAUCAUUUUCACCCAGCUGGGCAAAGCUCCUACAGAGUAUCCCAACGCAGACUCAAUGCCCCAGGUUCAAGUUGCUCUCAGGGAGAUCGCUCGAGGAAAGAACGUCCGUCGUGGCGAUGUUAUUUCUUAUAUCAUCACCGGUGACCCCCAGAGCUCCGAUCCUGCUCCGAAACGAGCGUACGCCCCUCCCGAUGUUAUGAAGGUGGACUCCGGUCUCUCACCUGACGUUGAGUGGUACAUCGGCAAGCAAAUUUUCCCUCCAGUUGAGCGUCUCUGCGCGAACAUAGUGGGGACGUCGAGCUCCCAGCUUGCCGAAUGUCUCGGGUUGGACAUUCGCAGGUACAAGUCGAUCCAGGACAGCCAACAAGCGUCCUCCGGUAACGACAUGGAGAUCCAUCCCCUAGAAUCCCAGAUUCCCGACGAUGUUCGCUUCGCUGAAUGCACCCGUCUCUCGCUUCGUUGCCGCGCUUGCAAAGUGUCAACUACCUUUGAGGGUCUCCUAGCACAACCUGACCGUGUCUCAGCCUCUGGUGUGCUUUGUGCCUCGUGCGGCUCAACCCUGUCGACUCUUUCCAUCGUAGCCCAGGUAGAGCAUGCUCUCCGCUUACAGUCAGCCCGCUAUUACGAAGGUUGGCUCGUGUGCGAUGACUCAGCCUGUGGUAUGCGCACUCGACAAAUGAAUGUUUAUGGCACCCGUUGCUUAGGACCCAAAGGACUCGCGCGGGACUGCCUGGGUCGGAUGCGUUACGAGUACACUGAAAAGGCCAUUUACAACCAGCUCGUGUAUUUUGCCAGCCUGUGGGAUGUUGAGAAAGCAAAGGCCAAAGCAUCCGCCGAGAGCGGGAACGACCUCUCGCGGGAGGACAAGGAAAAGAUCCUCGCGCUGGCCGAGCACAACCGCGUCCGCUUCGACACGGUUAAGGGUGUGGUGGACAAGUACCUUGACAAGUGUGGCAGACAAUGGGUUGCCAUGGACACUCUGUUCGCGAAGUUGGGCUUCAACAAGCCCGUUAUCGCUGCAGCAUAG